GUUUUCCCUGCUCUAUCUUUGCUCCUCCCUAUUUACACUGUCUUGAGAAUUUUUUUAUAAACACAGGUACGCCAUGGGAAUAUCCGGACUACUGCCGCUGCUGCGCGAAACCCAGGAGAAAGGCCACAUCGAGCAGUUCGCUGGGCAGACAGUGGGCAUCGACUCUUAUAUAUGGCUAUACCGCGGCGCAUUUUCGUGCGCAGCAGACCUGGCGCUGGGCAAGCCGACGACCAAGUAUAUCGCCCACUUUAUGAGCCGAGCCAAGAUGCUCCGUCACUACAACGUCGAACCUCUGUUUGUGUUUGACGGCGGACUUCUGCCGUCGAAGGAGUGCACAGAGCUGGAGCGGCAGCGGAACCGCAAAGAGCGCCGCGAGAAGGGAAUGAAGCUGUGGGGCCAGAGCAAGAAGAAGGCUGCGUUUGAUCUGUUUCAGCGGUCACUGGAGGUGACGCCGCAGAUGGUGCGGUGUGUGGUUGACGAGCUGAAGAAGCACGGGUUCAAGUAUGUGGUGGCGCCAUACGAGGCGGAUGCGCAGCUGGCGUACUUGGAGUCGCAGGGCGUGAUCUCGGCGGCAGUGUCGGAGGACUCGGAUCUGAUUGUAUUUGGGUGCCAGAAGAUUAUCCUGAAGAUGGACCAGUACGGCGAUGCAGUGAUGUUUGACCGGAGCAAGAUGGAUGCGGUGACGGCGGUGGACGUGAAGGGCUGGGAUAAGGACCGGAUCCGCGGGAUGUGCAUUUUGUCGGGAUGCGACUACCUGCCUUCAGUGCCAGGCAUUGGACUGAAGAAGGCACACAGGUACAUGGCGCGGUCAACAGAUCUGGCGAUGGCAGUUAGGCUGAUGCGCAAUGAGGGGUGCAAGGUGCCCGACGGGUACAAAAAGGAGGUGCGUAGAGCCGAACUGACGUUCCUGUACCAGCGCGUGUUCGAUCCACGGUCGCGCACUAUGGUCCAUGUCACCAAAGUUGACGAGAGCACACCGCCGCUGGAUGAGAUGCCGUUCAUCGGCAAGCUGCUUGAGCCUGCUAUCGUGCGGGACAUAGCUGACUGCUUGAUUGAUCCGAUCUCCCUGGACCGGUUCGCGCAAGGUGCAAAAUCGCUCUCUUCUCCGAUGGCACCCACAGCAGGAUCCACAUCGGCCCAUUUUGAAUCGCUGUCUACGUCCGAAAAGCCGCGGCCUGGCACACUGGUGUCGUUCUGGGCCAAUCCAAAGGUGCAAAUGACGCCCACGACUCCAGCAACCGCGAGUGCUGCUGGAUGCGAGCUGGAGGUGCAGGUCAAGUUCCGUGGCAAAACUGCCGACAAUUCGCUGGCGGUGCGCACACAGACGCACAGCAAGUUCUUUGGCAAAAAGACUGAGCCUGCUACGGUGGAACCCCCGGCUGCAGGAUCAGAGACAGUGGAUCUCACAAAAGACGAGACAGCAGAAUUUGUGCAGCCAGAAACGCCCAAGGCAAAGGCUAUUGAUGAAGAAUGUUCGCAGACGCUGACGAUCAUCGCAGAGACGGCCGACACACCGCAGACAUUGCUGCCAGCCGAGUCGCAGGCAACGGAGGUUGAGAGCGCGUCGCAGGAGAUGGAUGCUGGGUGCCUGGCCAGCUCGCUUUUUGCCAAGUUUGGAUACAGAGAGGCGAAAGUGCCGAACCACGCUGUGACGCCAAGAUACAGACAAGGUAACGGCAGGCUUUUGAAGCCAAAGAGGCGCAGAAAGGUCUAAGCGCAAUAUUGGCGAGCAGCUGUCGGGCCUGCGUCGCGGGCACGCGAGUCGCAGCGCCGGGUCGCCGAUCUCGCCGCCGAGCCUGUCGCCACUGGCCAUCCAGCAAAAG